AACGAACUCGUGACAUCAUCCCGACUUCGACGAAAGGAUGACAUCAUCAGUGACGUCGAGCGAGGUGUGGCAGUUUUGGUGGAAAUUGACAAGUGACGGCUCACGAGUUAGUGUUUUAGACGGUAGUACAAGAAACAGAAAUUGUAAAUCAUGUCUGCUCUAAUUGAAAAACUUCGUGCCCAGUGCUUAAAACGUGGAGCUCAUGGAAUUAAAGGAUUAGGAAGAGCUUUUCGCAUAUUAGACGAUAAUCGUGACAGAAAACUUGACUUAACGGAACUUAAAGAAGGAUUACAAGAAUAUGGACUAGAAUUAAGUCCUGAAGAAAUUACUGAAAUUUUUCAAGAGAUUGAUAGAGAUGGAAGUGGUACUAUUCAUUUUGAUGAAUUUCUAAGAGCAAUAAGACCUCCAAUGUCACAGACCCGUUUGAAUAUAAUUGGACAAGCUUUUCAAAAAAUGGAUAAAACUGGUGAUGGUAUCAUAACAAUUCAAGAUCUAAAAAAUACCUAUGAUGUAACACGUCACCCUAAAUUUAUUAACACUGAAAUGAGUGAAGAUGAAAUAUUUGGACUGUUCUUACAAAACUUUGAUGCCCCAAAUGAUCCAGAUGGAAAGGUGACAAAAGAAGAAUUUUUGAAUUAUUAUGCCGGAGUAAGCUCAUCAAUUGAUACUGAUGAAGAUUUUGUAGAGAUGAUGAAGAGUGCAUGGAAACUUUAAAUUCAUGCAUAACUUUUGUGUUUAUAUAAAAAAUUAAUCAAAUGUUUUGUUUUCAAAACAAUUCAAUAUCUUAUUUUUAUAUAUAUAUUUUAUCUAUAUGGUUUUACUUUCUUUUACAGUUAGAUUUCAUAUUAUACUCAUUAGAUAUAAUUUUAUUAUAUUGAAAUUUUUUUAUAUUUUUGUUAAAUAUUUUUGGAUGUUUUAAAAUUUAUUUUAAUCUUAAAAUUUAUCUAAAGACAAUCAACUUAAUCAACUUAAAAAUCUGGUUCAUGGUAGUUUGAACCAAAACUGAUAGAAAACUUUAAAAUGUGAUAUUUUUUUAGACUAAAUUAUAUCAGAGUAACUUAAUAGAGAGGUUGCGGCCGACGUUUUCAUUGUGAAAAUGUGUACAUCAGACAUUCAGCACUGCUUUCCUGUAAGCCUAGAAGUUUGAAAAUGGCAUUUGGAACGUUAGUGGAAUCAUACUCAACAUAUCAAACGCCAUUGUCAAACUUCUAGGCUUACAGGAAGGCGGCGCUGAAUGUCCAAUGUACACGUUUUCGCGAUGAAAACGUCAACCGCAACCUCUCUAAUGAAUGGGGGAAGUAUUUUUUCAUAGUGCUGCUAUUUACCAAACAUACUGCCUUAAAAAUUCAUAUCCUAAAUAUUGCAGUAAACUUGUUGUCCAAUAAAAUAAAUUUUAAAUUGUAAAUUCAGAUUUAUCUAUUCAGAAAUAAAAUAUUUUUUUUAAUAUUAA